AUGCGAGCUGUCAUCCAGCGUGUCACAAAAGCUGCUGUCUCUAUUGACGGUCAAUUGGAAUCAUCAAUUGGUCGAGGAAUAUGUGUUCUAUUGGCUAUCAAUGUUGAUGAUACCUCAGAUGAUAUACAGUUUAUGGUACGGAAGUUAUUAGGUAUUCGAAUAUUUCCAAAUAUUGAAACAGGUAAACGAUGGGAUAAGAGUGUUAAAGAUUUGGAACUUGAGAUACUUUGCGUAAGUCAAUUCACGCUGUAUAGCUUACUGAAAGGCAAUAAACUGGAUUUUCACCGAUCGAUGUCUCCCACAGAAUCACAAAAAUUUUAUCAAAAUUUUAUGGACGAACUGAAAAAGGCAUAUGUACCUGAACGGAUAAAGGAUGGUCGUUUUGGUGCAAUGAUGAAUGUUCAAAUUGAAAACGAUGGUCCUGUCACUCUUAUUUUGGAUAGUAAAAUUAAAGAAUAA